AUGGUCGCCGCCAACCGCCGUUCCCCUCUGACCCUCUCACUCGCUGCAGUGGCAAUGUUUAUUGCCACUCUCUUCUUCUGGCUCUCUGCGUUCAGCGUGCCCUUCAUCAAGGGGAUCCACUACAUCCACACUCGGGAGAACGACGUCAAAUUCGGCAACUUUGGGUGGUGUGCCGGGCCACCUGACACGGGAUACCCAGGGACCGUGUGCUAUCAGCAUGUCGGAUACGACUGGUCACCUUGGUUCCCUGGAAAUAAGCACACUACCGGGGCGUUGAUGCUCGUAGCUCUUACCGCCGCUUUCGGCACGCUCGCAUUCUUCAGCUUGAUGCACAGUGUCAUGGACUUGAGGAGUGGCAUGUGCUCCUUCUUCCUUACCAAUCUGACCACUUUCCUUGCUACACUCUCGUUCUUGCUCGUGGUCAUCAUCUUUGGUACUGCCCACCACCGCUUCAAGCGAGACAACCUCGACCCGCAUUACGGUGCUGCGUUCGUGCUUGUCAUUAUCGGAUGGUUGAUCUUGCUGGUUACGCCGCCCCUGGUGACUAUCGGGUGGUUCAGAGAGAGGCGAUACAGAAACAGGCCUGAGGGGUACCGCGCCUAA